GUCCUGUGUUUUCUUCCCGACUCUCUCUCUCUGCACACGGUUGAGUUUCUGUGAAGUGUGAAAUGGCCGAAUCGUAGCGAGUUUAACGGAACUAUAUUAUAAGUGAAUAGAAGUCCGGAUUCAACUGUGAAACAACCAAGUCAAAUGUCCUACGCAGCAAUUUGACUCAAAAUCUAUUUUUUUUUGUAGGAAAAAGUGCGUGGCGGAAUAAGAAAACGCAACACGUAUCCGGUAUUCCACUCUAGAGUGAGAGAAACGCAAGGACUGGAGCGAGGUUGCAAGGGGAGAGGGGGAUAGUCGCAAACAGAAGAGGGAAGGGAGAGAAGGAAGAAUAUUUGGUAUUUUGGCUGUAUCUACACAUUUUAUUGAAGGAAUAAUGAGGAACAUUUGGAUAAUUUUGACCCUCGGCAUGACGGCCUUUCUCUCGGGGGAAAGGAUAGCGGACGCGGCCAAGUCGUCCUCCGAAGUGGAUGAACUUUUCAUUGACGACACAGGGUCCGGGGGUUACUACCCUGAGGACGACGACGACUUUAACUCGGGGUCAGGAUCAGGUGUUGGCGAGGAGGUGUUCGAGGAGGCGGUGACCGUGAGCACGCUGUACAUUGCCCCCAAAGCAGAACCCACCAAGGACUCCACCAAAGACUUCACUCCUCGAGUGGAGACGGACACGCCCAGAGAAGACCUGCCWAGGGAAACGCCCAGGAAGCCAGUCCGAACAGAGCCACCUGUACCCGUCACAGAGGACGAGCGUAAGAACCAGAUCACCAGCACCACCAGCAUCCCCAGCUCCCCACUGGAGCCCAUCGAGGUGCGCUCGGAAAACCUCUUCCAGAGAACAGAGGUGCUGGCAGCUGUCAUUGCGGGCGGAGUUAUUGGCUUCCUCUUUGCCAUCUUCCUCAUCCUCCUCUUGGUUUACCGCAUGAGGAAGAAGGAUGAGGGCAGCUACGACCUGGGAGAGAGGAAACCCUCUGGGGCAGCAUAUCAGAAGGCCCCAACCAAGGAGUUUUAUGCCUAAAGCCCCGCCCCCUCGCGAGAAGAUUGACAAAUCACAGUGACAGUUUAUGGCAGUCCAUGACAACGACAAAAGCUGUUAAAAUACAACAACAACAAAAAAAGUUAAACAUUUAUUGAGGAAAAAAUACAUAAAGGAAAGCUUUUGCAUAGAGUAUUGUAAUUAAGACAUUUUCUUUCUUCUUUUUUUAAAUGAAAAGCCAAGCAUUGCUUAUUUUAUGGCAAAUCUCAGUGUAUUUAAACAUUUUGUGUAUUAUUUGAAAAGGCUGAAAAAAA